AUGGUAAACGAAGGAAAACGGUUAGUUUCCUGCCAUUGUUUCUUCCUGUUAACAGUCAAAUUCUACUGGAUACUCACCCUGAUGCAAAGAACUCAUGGCCAGGAAUAUGCCCACUCCAUCCGACUGGAUGGGGACAUCAUCUUGGGAGGACUGUUCCCCGUCCAUGCAAAAGGGGAUAGAGGGGUGCCUUGUGGGGAGCUCAAGAAGGAGAAGGGGAUCCACAGGCUAGAGGCCAUGCUGUAUGCAAUUGAUCAGAUUAAUAAAGACCCUGAUCUUCUUGCCAAUAUCACCUUAGGUGUCCGGAUCCUUGAUACGUGUUCCAGGGACACUUAUGCAUUGGAGCAGUCCUUAACAUUUGUGCAAGCAUUGAUAGAAAAAGAUGGCUCAGACGUGAAGUGUGCUAACGGUGACCCACCUAUUUUCACUAAGCCAGACAAGAUAUCAGGUGUGAUAGGUGCUGCAGCAAGUUCUGUAUCCAUUAUGGUCGCAAAUAUUUUAAGACUUUUUAAGAUACCUCAAGUCAGCUAUGCAUCUACAGCUCCAGAACUGAGCGAUAACACCAGGUAUGACUUCUUCUCUCGAGUGGUCCCACCGGACUCCUACCAAGCACAGGCCAUGGUUGACAUUGUGACGGCUCUUGGGUGGAACUACGUCUCGACACUGGCUUCCGAAGGCAACUAUGGAGAGAGUGGUGUGGAGGCGUUUACCCAGAUCUCCAGAGAAAUUGGAGGUGUUUGCAUUGCUCAGUCACUCAAAAUCCCUCGGGAACCAAGACCAGGAGAAUUUGAAAAGAUCAUCAGGCGCUUAUUGGAAACUCCAAAUGCUCGAGCAGUGAUCAUGUUUGCGAAUGAAGAUGAUAUUAGGCGAAUACUGGAAGCAGCCAAAAAAGCUAAUCAAUCCGGACAUUUCCUUUGGAUUGGCUCAGACAGUUGGGGGUCAAAAAUUUCACCAGUUCAGCAGCAGGAGGAGAUUGCGGAAGGAGCAGUAACCAUUCUGCCCAAAAGAACAUCAAUAGAUGGAUUUGAUAGAUAUUUUCGGAGCCGAACACUUGCUAACAAUCGAAGAAAUGUAUGGUUUGCAGAAUUUUGGGAGGAGAACUUUGGAUGCAAGUUAGGAUCACAUGGAAAAAGAAAUAGCAAUAUCAAGAAAUGCACAGGCUUAGAAAGAAUUGCAAGAGAUUCAGCCUAUGAGCAAGAAGGAAAAGUUCAGUUUGUAAUUGAUGCAGUAUAUUCCAUGGCCUAUGCACUGCACAACAUGCAUAAAGAUCUGUGUCCUGGAUAUAUUGGUCUAUGCCCAAGGAUGAGCACAAUUGAUGGUAAAGAACUACUUAGCUAUAUCCGGGCAGUAAACUUUAAUGGGAGUGCUGGAACACCUGUUAUCUUCAACGAAAAUGGAGAUGCUCCUGGACGCUAUGAUAUUUUUCAGUAUCAAAUCACCAACAAGAGUACAGAAUACAAAGUAAUUGGUCAGUGGACUAACCAACUUCGUCUAAAUGUAGAAGACAUGCAGUGGGCUAAUAGAGAACACACUCAUCCAGCAUCUGUCUGCAGCCUGCCCUGCAAAGCCGGGGAAAGAAAGAAAACCGUGAAGGGAGUGCCCUGCUGCUGGCACUGCGAACGCUGUGAGGGAUACCAUUACCAGGUGGAUGAAUUCAACUGUGAACUGUGCCCCAUUAAUAAGAGACCAAACGCCAACCGUACGGAUUGCCAGCUUAUUCCUAUAAUCAAACUGGAGUGGCAUUCUCCCUGGGCCAUCGUGCCCGUCUUCAUAGCUAUUCUCGGUAUAAUUGCCACCACCUUUGUGAUUGUGACAUUUGUCCAGUACAACGACACACCGAUUGUCAGGGCCUCUGGACGGGAGCUCAGUUACGUGCUCUUGACUGGGAUUUUUCUCUGUUACUCCAUUACUUUUUUAAUGAUUGCAACUCCUGAUACAGUGGUCUGCUCCUUUCGAAGGAUCUUUUUAGGACUUGGCAUGUGUUUCAGCUAUGCUGCCUUGCUUACCAAAACAAACAGGAUUCACAGAAUAUUUGAACAAGGUAAAAAAUCUGUCACAGCUCCCAAAUUUAUUAGUCCAGCUUCCCAGCUGGUGAUCACUUUCAGUCUAAUAUCCAUGCAGCUCCUUGGAGUCUUCAUCUGGUUUGCCAUCGAUCCACCACAUACCAUUGUAGACUAUGGAGAGCAGAGGACACUUGAACCAGAAAAUGCCAGGGGAGUUCUCAAAUGUGACAUUUCAGAUCUUUCUCUCAUUUGUUCCCUUGGAUACAGUAUUCUCUUGAUGGUCACAUGCACUGUUUAUGCUAUUAAAACAAGAGGGGUUCCAGAGACCUUCAACGAAGCAAAACCCAUUGGAUUUACCAUGUACACAACCUGCAUAAUUUGGUUAGCUUUUAUUCCAAUCUUUUUUGGUACGGCCCAAUCAGCAGAGAAGAUGUACAUCCAGACAACAACACUUACUGUCUCCAUGAGUUUAAGUGCUUCUGUGUCUCUGGGCAUGCUCUACAUGCCCAAGGUUUAUAUUAUCAUUUUUCAUCCAGAGCAGAAUGUUCAAAAACGGAAGCGGAGCUUCAAGGCUGUAGUGACAGCUGCCACAAUGCAAAGCAAACUGACCCAAAAAGGAAAUGACAGACCAAAUGGCGAGGUCAAAACUGAACUGUGUGAAAGUCUUGAAACCAACACCUUCUCUACCAAGACAACUUAUGUCAGUUACAGCAGUCAGGCAAACUGA